UUGUCCGAGAGGAUUCGAAUAAGGCUGCAGACGCUGACGCGUUUGUCAGAAAUUUGACAAAAGGCCUUUAAGUCUCUCUCUCUCUCUGGUCUUAAAAUUGUCUUUACACGUUGUCACAGAUGUAAUAGGAUGAGAAAUUCACCUUCUGUUGUGUUGUGUUCUUCUUGAGCGUACGAAGCAAAGGGUUUUCGUUUGUUUCCGAGCCACUAGCGGUGUUUUUUCCCUUCUGAUUUUUGUGGGAAGUGGUUUCGAAAAGAUGGCUUCAAAAGUCGGCCUUUUGUUUUGAAAAAGCUUUCGCAAAGAGACACAGAAACGGACAGAACCCUGGUUUUGUUUUUCUUCAGUUUAUGCCCUCGAAGCUUUCGUGAAAAUGGAGACACAGAGCCCUCGAAGUAACUGCGCUGAAGCUAAGCCGGAGAAAUCGGGGGCGGCGGGGGAGGAGAGGAAGAGUCCGCCAUGGAAGAGGGAAACAAUGACGGAGGCGCAGUUGCAGGAGUUUCAAAUGCAAGCCAUGGCUUAUAGAUACAUCUCGGCUGGUCACCCCUUGCCUCCUCAUCUCCUGGUCCCCAUCUGGAACAGCCUCGCUCUCUCUUGGUCUCGCCACCUCUCCAUGGUUCAUCACCUCCAUCGGUUGAGUUAUCAAGAAUUCUAUCAGAGGGAAAUGGUGGAUCCUGAACCGACAAGGUGCAGGAGAACAGACGGGAAGAAAUGGAGGUGUGGCAAUGAUGUUCUUCCGUUUCAGAAGUACUGUCAAAGGCACAUGCACAGAGGCCGUAAGCGUUCAAGAAAGCUUGUGGAAUCUUCUGAGAUUGCUUCGUCAGAUCCUAAGGCAUCCAUGGAAGAUGGGUCGGAUAGUUUUUCCUGUCACCAGACAAUGGCCUCUUCCAGUUCCAGCAAAGCUCCCGUUGUUACAAUUGCUUCAUACGCUGAUGAGGACAAAAGCAGCACCAUCCAAGACUCUGUCUCUCUUUCCUCCUUUGUGUCUUUGGCUUCAACGAACAAAAGUGUUACUAUAGAGUGCAAUGGGAGCGGAAGGAAUGUGGACCUGAAUGACAACGACAAAAGCAACAGAUUUAUGAGCGACGAUUUCAUCAUGAAAAAGCAAAAGGACAUGAUUUACCGCCAUGGUAGGUUACCCUCUGUACAAAGCGAGCCAAAAGAUAAACCAGGAAGGUACCCAGAGAUAACUGGAAAGCAGUGUAGGUCCAGUGAGGAUGGUCUCUUCAUUGGCAAAUACUUACGCGAGCAUUUGCAAAGCGGCACUGAGGUGUCUGGUCCUCCCCUUGAAGCUGCAGAUUUCAUAGAUAGCAGCAAGAAAGAUAUAAGUACAAGAAACAGACUUACUGGCUGCAAUUACUCGGCGAAAUCGAGUGGUAUGAAUGUCACUGGCUGCAUGGUUCCAGGAAUUCACUUCUCCCCAGACAGUGUUCUUCAAGGUAGUUUGCUUUUUGGUCAUGGUGGUUUUCCAUUGAACAGAGCUGAAACAGAAAAUGAACCAGGAAGGUGCAGAAGAACAGAUGGGAAGAAGUGGAGAUGCAGCAAAGAAGCAUUACCUUUUCAGAAAUACUGUCCUAAGCACAUGCAUAGAGGGGUCAAGAAGCGGCCAGGAGAUACCAAAGCCGUGGCUAAUACUGGAGUUUCUGUUUCAUACUCUAUGGCUGUAACAGCUGCUGGAUCUGCAUCUUGCAAAGACAAAGAUGAUCAUAAUGCCAAACUGAAUACCGAACUCUCUGUCUCUGUCCUUGCAAAUCCCCUCGUCGGCCGAGGUUGUGAAGAAAAGAGCACUAGUAGUUGCAGCACCGAUACCACCAUCACUGAUACAGCAUUAAGGGGUGAAGACAAAGAUAAAGAUGACUUGUCAACAUGUUCGGGUGUUUAGGUUAGAAGGGUAAAAAAUGUGGUUGAGGUUCCAACAUUUUCAUGUUCUGAAUAAUCUAAUAUCGAUGCAUCAUUUUGGGUCUUUCGUCAA